CUUAUUCCAGUGUAUUCCAUCGAUUCUUAACAGCCAAAACCAGUCAGUCGCCAAGCCAAAAGAUUCAGCGAGUUUCAUCGUGGCCGUCACCCAUGAUUUAACUAGAGGGCAAUAAACUUUCCACCCGUACCUUACGAGUACCUUAUCAGAUGCAAUGACCGAUCCUGUCCCAACGUCCACGUCCUCUUCGGGGUCGCAGCUCCACUCUGAGCUGUGGCAAGCGGCAUAUGCGCAACUUGAUGGAGAGUUGAAGCAAAGAUACGAAGCGGUAUUAAAAGCGGAGCUCAAUGUCGGCCUUGAUGCAAGCAUCGAUCAACAAGCUACCUCACUGGUGGAACGUCGGAAGCAACGAGUUGCGAACCGCCAGUGGACGUACAAAUGGCGCAAUCGGCCACGGGAAGUGCGAGGCCAAGUCGAUACGAUUCUUGACAUUGUUCAAAAGAGUAGCAGUAUCAUAUCGGUUGGUAUGAAUUUUGCGCCCAUCUAUGUCUCAUUGCCAUGGACCGCAAUCACUACGUUGCUCCCGGUGAGUCUUUUGUUAAAAAUUUACGUUCUCAGAGUCCCCUACCCUACCUUGAUUUGAGAUGACUCGUCUGUCUCCCUUUCAGAAGAAACAGAGACAACAUAUUCCAGCCAAUGAUAUAUAUAUAGAUGGAAGGUUUUUAACGAAAAGCCCUUCAGUUCAUCACCAAUGACUCGAAAGAACACAACAUGGCACUCAACGGCCUCGAGAAAGUGACCGAGAUUAUGGCUAGAUACAAAUUUGUCGAGGAGAUUCACAUUGAGCCGGGCUCCAUGACAUUUACUAAGAUGAAAAAUGCUGUUGUGGAUCUGUACUCA